AUGUUUCUGGCUCAGCUAUACUCUUAUGCAUUCACACUCUUUCUCAUCACAUCACCCCUCACAAGCUAUGUCGAUACCAUUCUUUCCAUUCGCAGGCUCAAGACUUCUGCCGGCUUCUCCAUAGACUUGUGUGGCAUCAACCUCGUAGCCAACCUGCUUCGCAUCAAUUUUUGGAUCGGAAAACGGUACGAGUGGAGCUUACUUGUACAAUCGAUCGUCAUGGUUGUUACACAGCUUUUUCUACUGCAAGCUUGCCUCGAGUAUCGUCCAAUCAGACUCAAGACGCAAGAGAGCGAGAGGCCAUUCAAUCUCUGGCAAUGGUCAAAUCGAAACACAUACUGGCACUCGCUGCUUCGACUCGUUGCGGCAUUGUUUGUGCUUCAGUACCUCUUUGGCAGAUACCCGCUCUAUGUUGACCUCCUCGGCACUGUAGCUCUUGGCAUCGAGGCAACUUUACCAAUCCCUCAAUUCCUGAGCAAUUUGCGACACCGCAGUGUGCAAGGUGUGAGACUCUCCAUGCUCGGUAGCUGGCUCCUCGGUGACUUUGGCAAAAUGAUCUUCUUCUACGCCGGUACCAGCACGAACGUCUCACUGCAAUUCAAACUCUGUGCGCUUGUUCAAACAGUCUUUGACUCAUGCAUCGGUGUUCAAUACCUGCUCUGGCGAGAUAAGCCACCUGCCGUACUAGACAUGGACAUGAGCCUCCCGAGCUUAGACCUUGCAAACUCGAAAGGAUCGCUGCUCCCGCUAUGA